AUGACAACGCAGAUCGAGCAACUCCCCUUUGCGAUGCAGCUGUUCAGGGAAUCAGACGACGUUUACCCCGGCGUUGGUAAAGUUCUUCAAGACGGAGACGAAUCGGCCAAGUCGCUUGUUCUACUUGACCUGGAUAACUUGCUCUUCCUUUCGAACGUCUCCAAACUUCGUGCAUAUCGCUAUGCCCUCGACACAUUACGGCACUUGCUCGAUAACUUCCCCGAGGGUGUUCAAGCCGCUAUCGAUGUGGGAGCAGUUCCCAUUCUCGAGCCCAGGCGCAAUCCGGACAACUUGUUCGACCGUGUAGGAGAUGUUCUCGGGAUUAUCGAAAGCCAUAAAGACACUCGAUGA